UAUGCCUUGAUACUAAUUUAUAUUAUACAUAUUAAAAAGUAGCAUUUGAAAAGAAUAAUAUUAAAAUACAAUGACUAACUUAGAGAAAGAGAGAGGGGGAGAGAGUCAGGGAGAGAGAGAAUCCCAAGCAGGUAUCCCGCUGUCAGCAUAGAGCCUGACACAGGGCUCCAUCACAGUAACCAUGAGAUCAGGACCUGAGCCAAAAUCAAGAGUCAAAUGCUUAACCAACUAAACCACCCAGGUGCCCCAGGAUGUCAGAUUCUUAAAGUGGAGAACAGUUCUAUAGAAGCACAUGAUUGAAUGGGAAUAAGAGUUGUGGUAUAAGAACAGUAUUUUUGUUUGUUAGUUUGCUUGCUUUAAAUCUGGAGUUAAUGAAAGGUUUGGAGUUUACCCAGGAUACUGGAGAGGGCUGAGACCUGUUUUUAGCUAAUGUGAUAUAUAUGUCAAAUAUUUUUAGUUGGACAGGAAUGAGGGUCUAGAUAGAAGAAACAGUAAUAACAAUGAACUCUGCUUCUUGAUGUACUGCAGACAGAGGAGAUGGAAAAUGACAACAGCACAGUGGUGAAAGAAUUCAUCCUUCUUGGUCUCACCCAGUCUCGAGAUAUUCAGCUCCUGGUCUUUGUCCUAGUUUUAAUUUUCUAUCUCAUCAUCCUUCCUGGAAAUUUCCUCAUCAUCCUCACCAUCAGAUCAGACCCUGGUCUCACAGCCCCCCUCUACUUCUUUCUGGGCAACUUGGCCUUCCUGGAUGCAUCCUACUCCUUCAUUGUGGCUCCCAGGAUGCUGGUGGACUUCCUCUCUGAGAAGAAGGUAAUCUCCUACAGGGGCUGCAUCAUUCAGCUCUUUUUCUUGCACUUCCUUGGAGGAGGGGAAGGGUUACUCCUUGUUGUGAUGGCCUUUGACCGCUAUAUCGCCAUCUGUCGGCCUUUACACUAUUCCACAGUCAUGAACCCUAGAGCCUGCUGUGCCUUGCUGUUGGCCCUGUGGCUUGGAGGCUUUGUCCACUCCAUUAUCCAGGUGGCCCUCAUCCUCCACUUGCCCUUCUGUGGCCCAAACCAACUGGAUAACUUCUUCUGUGAUGUGCCACAGGUCAUCAAGCUGGCCUGCACAGACACCUUCGUGGUGGAGCUUCUAAUGGUCUUCAACAGUGGCCUGAUGACCCUCCUGUGCUUCCUGGGGCUUCUGGCCUCCUAUGCAGUCAUCCUCUGUCGUGUACAUGGAUCUUCCUCUGAGGGGAAGAGCAAGGCCAUAUCCACAUGCACCACCCAUAUCAUCGUUAUAUUUCUUAUGUUUGGGCCUGGCAUCUUUAUCUACACUCGCCCCUUCAGAGCCUUCCCAGCUGACAAGGUGGUUUCUCUCUUUCACACAGUGAUCUUUCCUUUGCUGAAUCCUGUGAUUUAUACCCUUCGCAACCAGGAAGUAAAAGCUUCCAUGAGGAGGCUGUUUAAUCAGCACAUAGCCUAAUUAAAGGAAAAAGAAAAGAAAAUCAAGACCAGAGAAUUUCCUCUGAAGUUAACUUAUCCAUUUCCAAAUACUGCAUUUAUUGAGCAUUUUCAUUUUUGUUGGUACUAUUUUAGGCACUAGGAGAAAGAGUUAUUAAUGAAACAAGUCAAGUCACUGUUCUCCUUAAGGUACAAUCUAGUGGGAAUAGACAUUAAAGAUAGAAACAUGAACAGAAUGGUUUCAGGAAGAGAUACAGAAACUAAAUAAAAAAGCAAAAGGAUUGAUAGAUAAUAGAAAGUGUGGAGUGAACAUUAUAAGUUCACUUUCCAUCUUUAAUCAAGGUGUUCUUCUGGAUGUGACAUUUUGGCUAAUAAUUAGAUGAACUAAACAGUCAACUAUGCAAACAUCUGGAGGCAGAGCAUUCUAGGCAGAGGGAACAGGUAGCACAUAAACCUGAAGAUUAGGUAAUGAACUUGGUAUAUUUGAAGAAUACAACAAAGUUCAAAUUGAGGUAUAAUAAGUGAAUGUGAAAAUGAUUAGAGUUGAAGGUAGUGUUCAACACACGUGAGUCUAUGAAGUGAAUA